CCGCGAUCUCAUCGGGUCGGUGCCAUCAUCAGACGGUUGGGCCGUUUAGCGCGUAGUGCGAUUUCGUCUAAUUGCCCCGUAGAGUUAUGGCAGUGGUUUAGAGGAGCAGCAACUUUUUGGCGGUUGAUCGAGAGAGUUAUGGUUUGACUCUGAACAUAAUGGCGAAGGAUGAAACUUCGUUUAUAUUUCUUUUCAUCACGCUACUAGACGUGGUGUACAGCAUCUACCUGACGGGUUCUAGCUGGACCAAGUUCCCCGGCGAGACCAUCGCCGUCAUCUGCAGAGACGAGGGGGGUCAGCUGGUUAUGUGGAGGGGGCCCAAAGGCCCUCUAGGGUCCCACACGCGCCCUUCGGUCAUGGAAACGGCUGCAGGAAAGAUGCUGGUCUUUGACGACACCAGGAUAGGAGACACGGGCAACUAUUCGUGCAGUUUGCAGAGCGACGAAAGGCAGAGGAAGGUGUUUUCUUUGGUAGUCGAAGAACCAGAUUCUCCAGAAUUUUCUCAACCCGAGGUUAUAACUCAAAUAACGUACUCCUCAAAUAGACCCAAGGGACGUCAAUCUUCAACGAACUAUCAAUACCGUUUGCAUACGAAACCACCAAGAACUUCCACAGAAGAAUCGAUACCACGAUCUACGGAGAAUAUGAGAUUCUCAUCUUAUCGUCCUUAUUAUACAACUCCAACUCAAUAUGAUGACCGCCAGAAUCGAUACUAUGAUAGAAUGAAAAACGGCAAAGAGCCGAUGGACUUCAGGGACACGCCUACGAUGCAGAGAGGAGUGGAAGGACAAGAUGUUGCCUUGAGAUGCGAAGUCAGUGGUCCAUCCAUAAUAUCCUGGAUUGUGCCUGAUGGAAAUCUAACGAAUCCAAAAUAUAAAAUAAUUGGGGACGGAUUGUUAGUCAGGAACAUAAGUCGUGAAGAUACGGACCAAGUUUAUUUAUGUGAAGCUUCUCAAAGGAGUACAGGGGAACUCAAACGUCGCAACAUAACGCUGAUAGUAGAACACGCUCCAGUACCUGAAGAAGUUGCCGAUGGCACAGUAUAUGCCCAAGACGAUGAAAUAUACGGGUUCAUAGACGAAACUGUCAAUCUGACAUGCGCAGUGAGGGCUGAACCUCCACCAACAUUCGAAUGGUAUAGGAAGCACAAGGGCGGACGAGGACACAAAAUCAACUCUCAUAAACCUAUUUUGCAGUUGCGCAUGACAGAGAACACCGAAGGCGAAUACCAGUGCGUAGCGACCAACGCCCACGGCAAACUCGACAAAACCAUCAACCUCCGCAUCGGCAGAAAGCCAGAUAGGCCUGUAAAUCUGACCCUGGAGAACAGCACAGCAGAUUCGCUGAUCCUGAACGUGGAGUUGCCAGAUGUGACCGAAGAAGACUUUGACGAGGGUAUGCACCCCACUUGGCUUGUCAUCCAGUACAGGAGGACUGAUAGUGAGGAGUGGCGGUCCUUGGAUGUGAAUGUGAAUAUAACAGAAGAUGAUCUUCUUCCAUUUGAUGAUCCUCUAACGAAUUCAACUACUAGAGUGGAAUCCUUCACCCUGUCAGGUCUGGAACCGAAAACAAAAUAUGAGGUGAUAGCAGCAACUAAGAACAUAGCGAGUCUGAGCGACUUCACAGAACCAGCAUUCUUUGAGACAUCGCCUUCUAGCAGUGUGCGCAAAGAACUGUGUUUCCUAGUCCUUUUUGUGAAUUUUUUGAACAUCGUUAUGUCCAGAGGAGCUUGAAAAUGGUCGCGAAACGGUUAGGUAGAAUAUUAAAGAGAAUAUAUUAUUAUUUCGUUGACAAAUUAAUUCGCAAUUGUUCAUCUGCUUGAUCAUGAAGAUAAAAAAAGCAACAGACUCAUUCAUCAUGAACUGUCAUUUGAUUUGAUCAUCAUGCAAUUAUUGCUGUCAGUUUGACAUUCUGGAAUUGCUUGUUAAUAUUUUAAAUUUCUUUCCAUUUCAUUUAUGCGCAACGAUAGCUUCAUUUGAAAAGAAUGUGAUCUAGGAAAUUUAAUGAAGAAAUAAUAUGCGUGAACUGAAAAAAUUCUCUAGUGAUCAUGUAUACUAAUGACCAUUCAAUUAAUGAUUUAGAAAAAUUACCGACUGUGAGGCGAAUUUGUAAUUAUUAUCUCUUAUCGAUUCAUUACUGAAAGUUAUAUUCGUUGGAUGUCCGCUACAAACAUCACUGAUGAUUUAUUCACAGAAAUCUCCGAACACUUUGAAUAAGUGAUAACAAUACGAUAUAUCAAACGUACCUUUCCCAAAUGACCAUUUAUUUCAGUCAGCUACAGGAGAAAUUAACCACGGAAUUUCGAAAUUAUUCCACACUCUGGUGAAGGUGAAUUAGUUGCAUCAUUCGCCCAGAGCUCUGAUUCUGAAAGGAACAUAAAUCCAAUUUUCCAAGUCUGAAAUAUGGCGAAAGUGCAAUGGUGUAAUUUUUCUCGGUUUAUCAUAGGAUUAGGGAUUUUAUUGCAGGUAAUGAACAUUUUCGCUUGUAAUGUGAGAGAAUAUCAAGCGUCGAAUUCCUAGAGUGAGAGCGACAGAACGAGUUCAUGAUCCUAUAUUUUGUGAAAUGGUAAUAGUAUAUUACAUAACUAGUGUGGAAAGUGACAU